AUGCUUGAUUUCGGCAUUGCAAGAAAGUUCACCGAAGGAGAAACUAAAGUAGUGAAAUUACCACGUAUCAAAGUGCAUUUCCUCGGUACGCUGAGAUUCGCAUCGCGAGCAUGUCAUAAGCAAAUUGAGCAAGGACGUAAAGACGAUCUCGAAUGUUGGCUGUACAUGUGCUACGACCUAUUUGACGACGAUAAAGGGCUGCCAUGGAAAAGAUGCGAACGUGAUGAGAUUCUUACAAUGAAGCAGAGAUUCUUCAAACUGGAAAGUGCGUAA